CUCUUCUGACUUUGUGCGGGGGAAGGCGCUGCAUCCGAGUCACUCACCUUUCACCUUUCGCCUCACCGUCCGUCACCUUUACGAUGCUUGACGCUGCCAUCGUGACUGCGCGGCCAGAGCUGAUGGAGAUGCAACUCUUUUGAACAUACCAUCUACUCGCGCAUCGCACGAGCAGCAAAUUUCAAGGACAGGACACGACAGGACAUGACAUGACAGGACGGGACAUCGAAGGGGAGCGGAAGCGGUGUCACUGAACCAUAUUUACCUACCCCAUUCGAAUCAGAGCCCUACUCAUCAGGCUCCAGCUCCAGCCUCGCAUCGGGGUCUUAAGCCACGCAUUCGCUCCAUACUGCUCUUGCUCGGCGGGCAGCACGACGUACACCCUAAGAAAAUGUCGACGUUUUGGAAACCUGGAACAGCUCAGCCUGGUUCAUCAGCCGAUCGUAUCGGCGCUUCUUCCGAAGAAGCAGAAUCGGCCUUUCAACACGCGUCUGCCAUCAACAGCAGCAGCAGGAGUCUGCAAGAGGAGAGGAAAGCGUUGCCUAUUUACGAACAGAAGGAGAGGAUCUUGUAUGCUGUGCAGAGGUAUGGUGUUGUCGUCAUUGUGGGACAGACGGGAUGCGGCAAGACUACGCAGAUCCCUCAAUAUCUGCUGGAAGCAGGUUGGGCACCCGCUCAUCGCGCACAAAGCAUCGUCUGCACUCAACCGCGUCGUCUGAGCUGCCUCUCCAUCUCCAUGCGCGUAUCGGCCGAACAAGGGUGCAGCCUAGGUUCGCAAGUGGGCUACGCUGUGCCGUUCGAGAGGCACUACGAUGCUCGCACGACGCGCAUCAAGUAUGCGACGCAUGGCACGCUCUUCAGGGAACUGAUGAGCGAUCCGCUCUUGAGCGCGUACAGCGUCGUCAUGAUCGAUGAGGCGCACGAGCGAAACGCUUUCAGCGAUUUGCUGCUCAUUCUACUCAAAAAAAUACGUCGCAAAAGACCUUCGCUACGUAUCAUUGUCUCUUCAGCCACCAUAGACGCCCAAGCGUUUCUCAACUUUUUCCUCGACAAGCCGUACGUUGGCCAAGAGCGGCAGGCGGGUGGGGCGCAAGCAGCAGCAGCAGCAGGGGCAGCGGCGAAGACCACAGCGGCAACGACGACGACUCAAAGGAGCAACAACGAAGAGGUCGAGGAUGGCAUCAUUCUCUCUUUGCAAGGCCGCACAUUUCCAGUAGAGAUUGCGUAUGCGCAAGAGGCGGUGGAGGAUUACGUAAAGGCGAGCGUGGAGGCUGUGUGGCAAUUGCACCUCGCUGAAGCGAGAGGAGAUAUCCUCGUAUUCCUCACCGGCAAAGAAGAGAUCGAUGCGUGCAUGCAAGCGCUAGCAGACAGGCAAAUUUCCUUGCCGCAGGGAUCUUUGCCGCUGCACCUCCUUCCCGUGCACGCUGGUCUGAGCGCGCAAGAACAAAUGGCCCUGUUCGAUCCGACGCCGCGAGGAGGCAGGAGAUGCUUGGUGGCUACCAAUAUUGCCGAAGCUAGCGUCACGCUGCCCGGCAUAAGAUACGUCGUGGAUUGUGGUCUGGUCAAGAUGCGCCUAUUCGAUCCGGAAAGUGGAACGGAAAGUCUAUGCAUCCUUCCCAUCUCUCAAGCCUCGGCCGCUCAAAGAUCAGGUCGAGCCGGACGGACAUCUGCGGGCAAAGCUCUACGUCUAUAUACGCGCUCCACCUUUCGCUCCUUGGCGCCGCACACCUCUCCCGAACUAUCGCGCAGCGAUUUGACGAGCGUGGUGCUGCAGCUGAAGAGUUUGGGGGUGGAUGAUCUGGUCAGGAAGUUCGAGUGGAUGUGGCCUGCUCCGAGCACGAGAUUGUUGAGCUGCGCGCUGCAGAGGUGCGCUGUGCUGGGCGCGAUGGAUGCGUGGGCCAGGCUGACGCCGGAUGGGCAGAAAAUGGCCGAAUUGCCGCUCGAUCCCAUCAUGGGCAAAUUGCUACUUCAAUCUAUCCGAUUCCAGUGCUCAAAGGAAAUCUUGAGCGUCAUAGCUAUGCUCAGCGUUUCCUCUCCCUUUAUCAUUCCAGACGAGAAGCGCAACGAUGCAGCAGCCUACACAUCCGCCCUGCUCUCUCGGGACAAGUUUACAGCAGAAGAAGGCGAUCAUCUGAGCCUCUUGAACGUCUACGACGCAUUCGUCGAUCCGCAAGUGGGCGCUUCGUCCAGAGGCUUUUGCAAGAGGAACAAGUUGGCUUUUGCCGCGUUGGCCAGGGCCGUCAGUAUACGGCAGCAGUUGCAGGGCUGGAUGAAGCGCUUGGGAUGGGAAAGGGAGGCGAGGAUGGGUUGCGAGGGGGAUGAAGGGAGACUGAGAAGGUGCUUGGUCAGCGCCUUGUUCGAGAAUGCGGCGAGGAGGAUGGAGGAUGGGGGGUAUAGGAGCAUAAGGGCCGGUCAGACUCUACACAUACAUCCAUCUUCCGUCCUGUUCGAUCGGAUACCCAAAUCCAAAUACGUCAUCUUUCAAGAGGUGGUGCAGACGAACAAGAGGUACAUGCGCGACGUGACGGUCGUAGAAGAGG